AUGCUAUCAGCUACAAAACUUGCCCAUCUGAAGCUCACCCAUCUUCACACAGCAUCAAACGCACUUUUCCUUUCGUCUCCUCCUGUUUCCGCCCAUAUUUCGUCUACAUUAUCUAUCAAUGCCUCUAAGUCGAAUAUCCAACUGUCGGAUUCUACAUGGAGGAAAACAUGCGGUGCAUGUGGGUAUGCACAAGUCCCUGGGUCGACUUGUUCGGUACGGGUGAGGGGGAUUGGAGCGGACGCCCAAGUUGGGUGGACCAAAAACCUGAAGGGAGAGACGAGGAGCGACAAAAAGAACGGUGAUACCGAGGUGCUAAGUGGUACUAGUGGUGAUGUAGAGAAGAAUCUGUCACGAAUAGCUAGGAAGCGGGGGAAGAGGACUCGAGGCGCAAAGAGCGGUCGGGGGAAGAAAGUGUCCAAGGAACUACCUGCCUCGCACGUGCCAAUUAAAUCUAUCACUGCUGUAUCCAUUGGGACGGCGACACAGACGGCGACGUCGGAGACAGCUGGAUCACGCAAGAAACCCAGGACCGCAUUUCCUGCGAAUAAAGAGCCUCGGAUGGUUUAUUCCUGCAAAAUCUGUUCUCGCAAAGCUAUUCAUUCGCUCCCGAAAAAGCCAGUUGCAGUUAGCCACGAUAAGACUACAUCAGAAACAUCUGCGCAUGGACCAACCUUACAAACAAGCAUGCUACCGAAACCUCUGGCUGGUUCUGAACUCAAAUCCAUACCUGUGGCCGCGGGAGACUUGCAUCGAUCGAUGAUGACACCAAUUCCAACAACAACAUUAUCGGCGUCAACAAAUGCUGCGGCCAAGAAACGAGCAAAGUCGCGAAAAAAUACUUUAUCCAGUAUGCUGGCACAAGAGGCUGCGAAUAGGUCUGCAGCAACGGGAAAUGGUGCCGGAGGCUUUGGAUUUGAUUUGAUGGAUUUUAUGAAAACGAGCUGA